AUGGUCAACAAUAAUGUUGAGCCACUGCUGGCAUUGAACAGCAGUAGUAAUCCAUUAAUGUCAAUAAUGAUGACCAAUGGCGAUGCCAACAGUACUAAUCACGAACUAUCAUCAAAACGAUCGGCAAUGAAAGCCUCAUCAUUAUCACAUGUGAAAUCUUCAAUGAACAGUAAUAAUAAUAAUUCACCAUUAAACAAUGACAAUCGCAUUAAAUUUAUUGAUAUGCUUGUAUGUGGUUGUUGUCAACAAGAUUUUCAAUUAUCGGAUAUUCUGAAAUUUAUUGAACAUAAAGCUAAGUGUGGAAAUAAAGAAAAUAAACAAAAUAUACCGUAUCAUUUUCCUCAACGACAUCGACAUCGUAGAGAAGGUUACAAUGAUGAUUGUGAUGAUGAUGAUGGCGAUGAUGAUGAUGACAGAGAUGAUAAAAGUCAACAUAGUGUCAAUUCAAGUGAAAGUGACAAUGAGCAUAAUAUUCAACAUCAUGAAUCGAAUCGUCAAACAUCAUCCGAAAAGCGAACCAAAUUUUCUAAAGUUCUUGUUGAUGCAAGUGCCAAUACAUUGAAUAAUAAUAGUGAACCUUAUAAUUUAGAAUGUAAUGAAUGUGGUGAUGUGUAUAGUACAGCUUGGUUUCUCAUACAACAUUAUCAACGUUUGCAUGGUCUGAAAAUGUACAGAAAUUGUCUAAAUGAAAAUGCUUCUUCGAAUCCUAAUAAAAGUAAUAAUAACAAUGCCACAGCAGCAACAUUGAUAAAUAGCGGAUUAUUGGCAAAAGACCCAUCGACGCUUAAUAUAGAUCUUGCUAUGUUUGAAACUGCAUUUAAACAAGCUGCACCAACAAGUCGUUCUCUGACAUCGUCAACAACAUUCGCUUCAAAUCAAUUAAUCGCUGCGGCUAAUGUUGCUCGAUCAGUGCAGCAGCAGCAGCAGCAACAACAACAACAACAACAACAACAACAACAUUCGCUAUCGAUCCGAACAGCAGCCGAUAGUGACUGUAAUCCACGCGGUAGCAUUUCAGCAGGUGCUAACCCGAAGGCAAAUGUAUCAUUUUCAGCACUUUCUACUGCAACAUAUCCAAGUUUAUUGCAAGAAACUGCUCGAUCAAAUUCCAUCGUCCAAUUAUUGAAAGAAGUAGCUAAACAGCAAACUUCUAAAAUAUAUGACAAAAAUAAAUCAAGUAAUAAUACAGAUUCACAAUUUCUUACACCAAAAUCUUUCGAUGUUACGACUGCAGAAGUUGAAAAUGAAUCAAAUAACAAUGUAUAUAGUCAACAUAAAGGAUUGAAUCAUCAUGCUCGACAGCAAAAAAGAACACGGCCAGCAGAUUCUGAUCAAAACGAUGAAUAUGAACAAAAACGUACAAUAUCAUCACUAUCACUUUCCAAUUCAUCCAAUCGAGUUUCAACGGGUCCAAUGCGUCGUCUUUCAGUUUCAUCAACACCUUCAAUAUCUUUAUCAUCAUCCGAAGAUGAACCAACACUAUCAAUGACAUAUCCAGGAACAAAUGAAGACAAAACGACUCUAAAUGAUACGCCUAUACAAUCACUACCACCAUCGUCUAUAGUUAUCGAUCAAUCACAAGAACGAAAACGUAAUCAACGUAAACCAACACGACAAAAAUCAACACAAUUAUUAAAUGGUAUUAAUAAAUCUCAACAAGCAAUAACAAAAUCAAUAAAAGCUGAACCAUGUGAUACUGAUAAUAACAGUGUUAGUUUAAAUAUUGUCAGUGAUGAGAAUCAAUCAUUAGCAUGGAAAAAACCUGGAUUAUUAUUAAAAACCGGUGGAAAUCUUUCUAAUGAAUCGACCAAUGACAAUCGAACAUCAUUAAAUAAUUCAUCAACUUACAAAUGGCUUCAUCAAGCAUUUCGUUCAUUAAUACCAGGCCAAUUACAAAUCAAUGAUAUCGAUAUAACAAUGCAACAUUCACCACAAUCAAUUUCAAUGAUUGAUAGCGGCGGUGGUGGUGGUGGUCAUGCAUCUACACGUUCAUCUCCGCCUCGGUCUACAUCAUCACCAUGUUCAACAUCUGUACUAAAUUUAUCAGCUACAAAUGGAAACAAUAUGAAUGAUCAAAAUUCUCCAUCUCAGUCGAAUAUGAUUGAUCAUUCUUUAACAUCACCUGAUGGUAUCUAUCAUCAUCAAUCACGGAUAUUACAUCAAACAAAUCGAAAUGAAAAUAAUUCAAAGGCAUCAGCAUCAACAUUAUUUGCAAAUAAUGCUAUAAAUUUAAAUCAUAUAUCUAAUAACAAUAAUCAACGAUUAAUAAAACGUGAUCGACGUAAUGAUACAUGCGAAUAUUGCGGAAAAGUAUUCAAAAAUUGUUCAAAUUUAACCGUUCAUCGUCGAAGUCAUACAGGUGAAAAACCUUAUAAAUGUGAAUUAUGUGCGUAUGCAUGUGCACAAUCAUCUAAAUUAACACGUCAUAUGAAAACGCAUGGCCGUGCAGGGAAUGAAGCAUUUCGUUGUCGUUAUUGUUCAAUGCCAUUUUCAGUUGCAAGUACAUUAGAAAAACAUAUGCGUCGUUGUGAUCGUAAUCCUCAAAUUCUUGCUGUAUUUAAACAACAACAGCAAUUAUCAUCAUCAUCACCAUCACCAUCACCAUCAAUAAAUGAUAAUAAUCGAAAGUCAAGAUCGAAUUCAAAAAAUGGAUUUUUUAUUGGUGAAAUCGAUGACAAUGAUGAAACAAAUGCUGAUGACUAUCCCUCAUUUGCUGAAAUUGUUGAUGAACAAAAUGACGCUAGUGCAGAUGAAGAUAUUGAUGAUAUUGAUUUCGCUGAACAAACAUCAAAUGAGCAAUCUUGA